AGAAGGUUGCCUCUUGAUAACUGCGUUUUUGGUGACUAUCGCAACACAUUCAAGUCAAAAGUUGUUGAAGCUUGUUCUGUUAUCCGAAACUUGGUUCUUAGAGCCAAACUCUUCGUGAAUUAUUACGUCUCGAAAAAUGCCACUCUUGCUGAGCCAAAGUGUAUUAAAUGUAUCUUUACACAAAAUUUCUGGUACUCUAUGAUACAGCUAGUGAAUGGACAAAGACCAAAAAAUAGUAGGCUGAUAUCACAACAAUUACUGAGCUCGUUUGAUUCUUUUAAAACGACUUACCCUAAGAUUGUCUUCCCUGUCAAGCUCUUUCCUGGACUUAGUCAAGCCAUUACAGAAGCAUGCACCGAAAUUGCUACUUCCUAUACGAACAGUAUAGUGGAAAAUUUUGAGGAGAAACUUCUCUAUUUUUUGAUAUAUAAAAUACAAACGGCAUUUGUGUGUAUGCCUUGGAAGCUUGUCAAAAAGGUCACAAGUGAUUUCUGCUAUCAAGAGAUAUGCCAAGGAAAACCUAAAUGGCCAACUGAUGACUACCUUACCAAAGAUAUAAAAGCAAAGAUCCAAACCUUUUGUGAACCUUGGAAGAAGAAGCUGGGGAAGAAAGUGAACAUGAAGACAUUAUCUGCUGAUCCUGGGUCUUUCGUACCCUUUUUGUUAUCUUUGAACGCAGAAUUUGAGAGGGAACACGAUGAUCAUAAACCAUUUGACGUACGACGACGUCCUCUUCCAAAAUUGUUAUCCUUACUGCCAAAGGUUUCCGUUCAAUGGAGGUUCAUUACCUUGAGCGUGAACGCUCUGUCUUCUUUUGUGAAACGUUCUUUACCCCGCAAUUACCAAAGCCAAUUAGAGCUGUUUUUCAAUGUCUUUGAUUUCAAGAAACUCCGGUACAAAAGGUAAGCAUACAGUUGAUACGGUAUACAGUCGAGUAUAAUAUAUGAAUUUUAAUUUAGGCAAAGUAGUAUCUUUGAACUAACACCAAAUGGUGAUAACAAAGAGCCCUUUGGUAAUAUUGUCAGAACAGAUGGGUUUUCAGUUGACUUUCUUUUUUAUAAAAGACAACAAUCUGGCCAUGGUGCCUCGUUCCAAAGAUUUGACCUCACUCUUGAUGAUUUCUCUCUGGAUGAAGUUGACAAUACUUAUUUACCUAUUACCCUGGAUCCCCGAAGAAAGUCUGUUUUCACUGCUGCUGUUGGCCUUGAAUAUAACAGACAAGUGCGAAGAUGCACUAAAUCUGAAUACUAUCAUAUGACAGGGUCGACCCAAUACAGUACCAAGUUAAACAGAAAGAAGGCCGUUACAGGCAUAGAUCUC